AUGCUGGCAGAGGAGAGCGGCGGAAGGGACUGCUCUCGGGACCGCCGCGGCCGCCCCCUCCGUGUUCCUCGGGCACUUCUCGGGACUGGAGACUCGGCGUCGCCGCCCAGCUCCGGCGGGCUGCAACAGUUAGCUCCCGGCCCCAGCCUGGUCCGUUGGGCGCGCGAGCGGCGGCGGGCGGGCGGGCGCUCCUCCCCCGUGCCUGCCCCGGGCGGGCGCGCGCCCCGCCCGCCGCUCGCGCGCGCCCGCGUCCUGUCCCGGCGCCGGCGCCGCCGCCCCGGACGCGAGCUGGGGACCCCGCCGACUGAGCGUGCCAGGACCGGGGAGAGCGUGGCCGGGGCCUCCCAGAGACCGGCCGGGGCCGGCAGUGGAGGGCGGGGUCCCCUCCGGAUGGAAGGAGACAAGCCCGCCAACCUGGGACCCCAGGCGCGCAGGUUCCCUUUGGGGGGUGGGCCCUUGGACUGUCCGAACUGUGACCGGGUAAGGACCAGCCACCGCCAUGGUCAUGGCAAAGGAUUCCGUAACCACCGUGCCUGGGUCUGCCCUCAACAGCAACGUGGAAUCUUGGGCCACGCAGCAGGCCGGGGAGAUUGGACGCGGCUCUUUGGAAGGAGCGUGCACGUGGAGUGCUCUCCGGGAGCAUCCGAAGCAGCAACUGUAUCUAUGACACAAUUCCACCGUACUUUUUACAAAAAGCAACCGAUAAAGGUAUUAAAUACCUAACUAUUAAUCUGAAAUUUCCUGGAUUUUUGUGUAUUAAACCUAAAACCCGAACCUUGAACAAUAAACAGCAAUGCAAACUCCUUCCAAGUUUUCCUGUUCCCUCCUUAGACAAGCAGUAGUCUCUUCGGCUCUGGCUCUCCCAGCAGAUCUGAAGGAUCACAGCCCCUACCGUGGCAGCCUACCGUUGACACUGAACUUGUGGUUAAUUGUGGAGUUCUGCCACAAAACCACCUCACUACCACAAGCUGGAUUUUUGCCCAGGAGAGUGACAAACUGCCAGGCCAAGCAAUAGACAGGAGGCAGCAAGAGCAAACUGCCUUUUACCCCAGAGAGCAGUCGUUUCUGGAUUCCAAACGGAGCCAGCAGGGAGACACACCAAAGAAAAACUUUUAAGUGUGCUUUCUCCACUAAACCCCCGAGAGUGUAUUCUUGUUGUUUUGCAAGAGCAGCUCAAAAAGAUUCA